AUGUUUGUUGCGCGCAAUUUCUCAGUGCUACCGAGGGUUUAUCGCUUGGGAUUCAAGGCAAGUAAUAUUAACGUUUCUUUUCAUCUUUUGUUUCGUUUUUUUUUCUCAAUUCUUAUCAAUUUGGAAGAUUGAAAGGACUGGAUUCUGUCAAUUUCAGCCAUUCACAAAUGGGAGAUUCCUCUCUUCGGUUCGCAAUGAUUUAUCUUUUCCGAAGGCUAUUAGAGAUGAGUUAAAAGUGGAUACCUACACUCCCAAGAAGUUUGAGGUUAAUUUUUCAAAUAUUUUUUGUUUAAAAAAUCAUUUUAAGGUGAAAGAUGCCUAUCAAGGAUUAGAAGAUGCAUACGGGAGUUCAACCAAGGAAUUCAUUGAGAAAAUCAACUCUUAUUCCAAGGCACAAUUCGUGGAUUCGGAAUCAACUUUGCGUGCAGAAAAAGCGUAGAAAAAAUUCAAAAAUUUCGAAAAACGAUAAAAUUAAGGCUGAGAGAAGCUUGGACGUUUGAUCUUGUCGGCGCCGCUUCGGAACAGGGCGGGUGUUAUUUUUAUUUCAAACAUAACGGGGUGCAGAAUCAUGCGUUAGUUUGUUUAAAUUCAAUAUUAAAUUGAAAUGAGUUUUUUAGGGUGUAUUAUAAACGAGAUUCUAAUGGAGAUGUUCCUUUUCUCGACGUGAAUAAAUUGGCCGAGGAUGGCUCGGUUUCUUUGUAGUAAGUUUUUUUCAAAUUCCGAAAAAAAUGCCCUUCUUGAAAUUGAGAUUUUUGCAUCUUAAAAUUCAACAUCUUGAUUCAAAUCUUCUUCGAGUUUUUUUAAAAUUCUUUUUAUGGCCCGAAAUUCAAGUUUUUUUCAAAAAGUUUUACAGUUUCGGUAAAAGUCUAGGAAAAUUAUAAAAAUUCUUCCGUUUUUUUCUCAACUUUUUUUCAACAUUCUUGAAGUUUAACACGGAGUUUUUUUACGUUCCAAAAUUAUUAUAUGUCUCAAAUUGAGCGUUUUUUUCAGAAGUUUGUACAGUUUUUCUUUUUUUAAAUCACUCAUUUUUUUCUCUUUUUUUGAUCUUUCUAGAAGGAAAAUCUCGACAUCUUUUUCAAGACUUUAUGAAGAUUCAAAUCAAAAACCAACGAAAAACUAAAAACUUUUUUUACCUAAAAUGUUCGUUUUUUGGAUUUAUUAAAAUUUUUUUGGCGUUUUAAAAAAACGCAUUUUGAGUAAAAUUAAAACUUUUUCCUUUUUUUGACCUUCUCUAUUUCUGUAUUAUUUUUUUCAGCUAAACUUUCAUUUUUUUCUCAAAAGCAAAAAAAUGUUUUUUUAAAGUAAAUGCACAUUUUUUUGACGUCCUCAGCUCCUUGAUUUCCUUUUUAGUUCCUAUGAUUGGUCGGAUAAUUCGAAAGAUGCAAUUCUGGCCUAUACCCUCAGUAAUAAAGGAUCGGAUAACAUGACUCUUCAGGUUUUUUUCAACAAUUCCAUCAAAAAUCACCUAAAAUCGAACUUCAGUUCAAAAAACUGAAUGGAGAAGAUCUGCCUGACAAAGUUCCGAACGUGAAAUAUUCAACGAUUUCUUUUUUAAAACGCCAAGGCGUUUUCUAUUCGAAAUACCUGGGUCAGGUAGUAAUUAUCCUCAAAAAUAUUUAAAAAAAGAUAAUUUUUCAAGGAAAAAUGAGAAAAAGGAAGGAAUUUCAACAAGCGCUUUGAAGAACCACGCGUUGUUCUAUCACGAAUUGGGGUCGGAUCCCAAAAAAGACGUUUUGGUUUUUGAAAGGCCUGAUAAUGAACUGUUUCUUGUGUAGGUUUUGAACGUCUUUUUCUCGAAAUUCGAAUAAGGGAGGUCAUUUCACUUUACGGUUGGGAUUUUCCUGAAAGUUGGCCAGAAUAUUUCUUGAUUUACCAGAUGAAGAUUCUGAAAGUUUCAAAUUUCAAAACUUCCUAGUUUUCGAGAAAAGACGCCUCAAAAUCAAAGAAAACUCCUGAAAAUCCUUUAACAUAGACUUUUUCGGUCUUUUAGCGCUUUUUCUCAAAAAAUAAAAAGUUUUGAAGCUUGAAACUUUCAGAAUCUUCUUCUGGUACAUCAAGAAGUAUUCUGGCCGAUUUUCAGGUUUUCAUAUUUGUAAAAGUGACCUCCUUCAAAAGGAAAACCAAAAAUCUUGUGGUUUUUCCAGAAACGGCUCUGUUUCCCACUGCAAUAAUUAUUUAUUCGUCCAAUCUCUUCGUGGUUGUGACAUUGGAAACGAGCUUCAUAUUUGUAAAAUUGGCGAGAAAAUAACUCCCGGAAUGAAGAUGAGACCAGUCUUGGAAGGGUUCAACAGUAAAAUUCAGGUUUUUUUGGUUUUUCCAUGAAUUGCAGAAGAAAAUUUGACGUUCAAAUUCAAAAAUGCAGGGUUUCUUUUUUUGUUGAUUAGAAUGGUUUUGUGGUUUUUUUUGAGGGUUAGGAGCAAGAAAAAAAAAUCGAACACAAAAAUUAGUUUUAGGUCUUUCUCUAAUUUUCGAAAUUUUGGUUCUGUAAAAUUGGCUCAAAAUCUAGAUUCGAAGGGCGUUUUCGAUACUACCUUAGAUUUGGGUACUAUAAAAAAGAAACAAGAAGAACCAAAAAUUUUUAAAAAAAUCCCUCUUUUGUCAUUUUUUUGUCCAUUAUAAUUUUUCAAUCGUUUAGUUUUUUUCUGAUUUUUAAGCUCCAAAUAGAGUAAGAAAACUUUUGUGAACUUCUAAAAUGAUUAUCAUAAAAAAAUUCAGUGGAUUUUUACGUAAGCUAGAAAAAUUUUAUCAUUCAAUAGACAUAUAUCUUUGCCCUAGGAGUUCCCUUCAAAAAUUAUAUAAUAAAAUGAGGCCGUUUUAAUAAUUUAUUCAAUAUUAUGACAGUGUUUUUUUCUAUUUUCCAAACUGAGAAAAACGAGAAAAAAAGUAUUUUUCUAGUUUGCCGGAAACGUCGGCGAGAAAUUGUUCUACUUGACGAACAAGGACGGCGCCAAGUUCUACAAGGUCGUCAGUGGAAACGCCGAAAGUCCUAGCCAGCUUGAAGACGUCGUUCCGCAACGAGACGGAUUCGUUCUGAGAUCCGUCCUGGUCAACAAGGACGGGAUGAUUCUCCGUUAUACAACGCCUUCUCUAGAAGUAAUUCUCAUUUUAGAUGAAAAAUAUGCGGUUCCUAGAUGAUUUCAAGGUCGAAAAUUCACUUAUUCUAAGGAUGCUGGAGAAUUUUGGAGGGGUCCCUAUAGGGUUUGUUCAUUUAAGGACCGUAUAAGGGGGCAAUUUCAUCGUCGAAAAGUCAACAUUUUAUAGUAAUUUUUGAGUAGUUCACUUUAAUCCUUAAGCUUUAAGGCUCCCUUUGAGCAGAAAGUAGGAGCCCCUAUAACACUCCCUAUAGGGACCACUUCAAAGUUUCACAGUAGUUCUUGAUUCUUAAACGAAAAACCCUUGGAUGCUUAAAGGAGCAGGGAAAUGUGUCAUGAAGGUCUCAAAGCGAUAAUCAGUUUCGAUCACUCAAAAAGACAUUUUGCGUCUUGAAAGUAUUCGGAUAACUACCUAGUCCGGCGCGAGAUUAGAGCGAUAUCGCUGCCGGUAUAUUGACGACAUCGCAAAGAGGCCGCUCUGUCGGGGCGCGACUCUCGCUCUUUCCAGCCGCGACAUCGCGUUUCCCUCGCACUGAAAAAAUUGGAAAUCUCUAAAAAGUGAGAUUGCGCCUAGAAAAAUGCGCGAUAUGUUUGCGAUACCGUUAAUGUACUGCGAUAUCGCGUUUAUCUCGGCAGUAAUUCUUAGUGUUCUAUUAGUGUGAAAAUAGUGAUUUUUUAAAGCCCUAUCGCAGAUUUUGACCGUAAAUUUCCAAAUAAAGAGCUUCAAGAUGCUUAAAAAUAUCUUUCCGAUUUGCAGACCCUUGUUGAAUUCUGCGACCACGACGGGAAAAACUCCAAGACGAUCUACAAGGGUCUUGAGUGAGAUAGACCUUGAGAAAAUGUUUCAAAAUGAAAUUUCAGUACUCUUUUCGAAUCGUCUCAUUGGUUCAAUAGCGAUGUUUCCUAUUUCAAUCAGGUCUCCUUCACGACGCCGACGUCGGUUCUGAAAGUGACGACUUCUGGAGAACCCAGUGUUGAGGUGGAAUCUGGAAUAUAAUAAAAUCUUCAAUCAGAAGAUUUUUGCAGUAUGGUUCAAAAAAAAACGUUUUUUACACUUAUAUGUAGAGUUAGAGGUCAGGAGUAGAAGUGAUAUUUUGAUGAGGAAUACCAGAGUGUUGCCUUUAGGGAUUAGGUGAAAAACAGACCCUGUAUGUGGUAAAAAGGGCUUCCUAUUGGGGCAAAGUUUAAAAGUCGUAUAAAAUAAAAUCUUGAUAGAGUGACUCCUUGAUAUUUUUCAUUCAAAAAACGCCAAUUCAUUGAGUUUCUUUUCAAAAAUAACUUUUCUUAUAGGUUCAUGACUAUAAACGAGGCGAUUUCCCUCCAGGGGCCACUAAGUAAAUCUUCUAUAGGAAAAGAUAAAGUGGUCCAUAGAGGGGAAUCUUUGAGUACCCCUAGGUUUCCCCUAUAAGGACCACUCUGGCGUUUAGUUUUUUUUCGAUUUUGGGGGGGUUUUCAAACCUAGGAAGGACUUGGAAAACUGAGUUAUUUUUCUGAAAAAUCCUCAAAUUUUUGUGCUUUUUUCCAAGAAGUACGUUUUAAAGGUGAUUUCGAAGAGCGGAAAUGAAAUUCACGAUUUUUCCGAUCGGCUGGAAGUUCGCGACGGCUGGGCCAACAGCAAGGAUGGCACUAAAGUUAGUGAAAACUCGAGUGGCCACUUAAGAAGUCCCUCAAGGCUUAGGCUACUUGGAGAGGACCCUAAAGUGGCCACUGAAAUCAUCUCUAUAGACGCCUCUAAAACUUUUAGUGGUCUAUUAGUGCCCUCUUUUAGUAGGCUUCUAAAGAGGUCACUUCAUUUCAGCCACUUUAGGGGCCACUUAUUCCACUACUAUCUUUUUUCCACUAAAAGACCACAGAAAGGCAGCAAAAAGGGUCACUUUAUCGAGCCUUCUAAUUUUUUUGGGAUUUUAAAGGCUCGAGAAAUGGUGGAAAAAGGGAGAGGCAGCAAAAAUGGUGCAUAAAAAUCGAUAAAAUGGCGCAAAAAGGCAGCCAAAAUGAAAUAUUUCUAUAGAGCCUUUUUCAUUCUUUCCGACUUUGUCUAAGGUAGUGACAACUCCUCAAAAAAAAACCCUUAAAGGGCCACUAAGAAUUUUUCCAGUAACUAAAAAAAAAUUCUCUUCUAGGUCCAUUAUUUCAUGCUGAAACCGAAGAAAAUGCGCUCGAAAGGACCUUUUCCAGUUCAUUUUUAUGGCUACGGCGGUUAAGAAUCCUUCUUUCUUCGAAAUAAAUUCAGAGAAUGUUCUAGGCUUCGAAAUACCUCUUUUCCCGUAUUAUUCUGUAACUCUUCCGAUGAUGGUCACCAAAUACGACGCUAUCUUUGUCCUUGUCAAUACUCGAGGCGGCGGGUUUCAUUUUUCAGAAUUUUUAAGAAUAAUUUGAGGAGUUUUCUAGAGAAUUCGGCGAUGAAUUCUACCACGAUGGUCGGUUAUUGAAGAAACACAACGUUUUUGAUGAUUUCCUGGCGGUUGUCAAGGAUUUUAUCGAUCGAGGUGUCACUACCCCGAAAUUGUGAGUUUCGAGGGGGAAUAAAAGUAGAAAAUUUCACGAAAAAAAUACCUUAAAAAAAUGACACAAAAAAAUGGUCUUUAUUGGAUUUUUUUCUAGUUUUUUUGACUUGAAAUGGAGAAAAUAAAUUUUUAAAAAGUUAACUUUGAAGUUUCUCCACGUCUCUUUCCUUUCAUGGCGAAAAAAAUUAAUGGUAUAGAAAAAAAGUCGCCAGAAAGUUUCGUAUUAAUGACAGGAGAGACGCUAAAAAUGAAAAAGAAAUCUUGAAUGCUUUAAAAAUCCUUUUUUUCAUUCAGCUUUCAAAAAAAUAUUUGUGAAAAUAUUAAUUUCAGCCCUUUUUUUCCCUAUAUUUUAUCAAGUUUAGAGUGAAAAUCUCAACAAAUUUCAACUUUCGAUAAAGUUAUUUUUUAUGAACUGCUCCUAUAAAUCGACAAAAAAAAAAUUUUCUCAAAAAAAAUACUUCAGAAUAACAUUUUUCUCAACUGCUUAUAAAAAAUUUUGUGUUCAAUUUUGAAUAGUGUCAACAUAAAUUCAGAGAUCAGCUUACAGUUUCGUUUUUUUAAUUUAUUCAACGUCGAAAAUUAUUUUUGAUUAGCAUAUUUCAUCAAGGACGCUUUCGGAUUGAAUUCAGACAAAAUUUUUCCACUUUCAAUAUUUUUGAAAUUUGGAAUUUUUAUGAUAAAGCUGAAUUGAUACUCGAAAAAAAAAAAUGAAAAACGAGAGAAAUUUUUUUCAUUGCCCAAAUUUGAAGAACGGCCAUCGAAGGCGGUUCCAAUGGAGGUCUUCUGGUGGCGGCUUGUGCAAGAAAAGCUCCGGAACUUCUUGGAGCCGUCAUUUGUCAUGUCGGGUCGGUGCUAAACUGAAUUUUGUAGUUGAAAUGAAUGUUUGAAGUGUUCUGGACAUGCUCCGGUACCCGAAAUUCACGAUUGGAAGUGCCUGGGUUCCUGAAUACGGUAAUCCCGAAGAGGAGGACCAUUUCAAGAAUUUGAUGAGGUUUUAUGCUUCAAAAUAAAAAAAAGUUUUUUAUUUAUCUUUACUGUUUUCUUCGUGAUUUUUUUGAAGAAAUAAUCUUUCGGAAAAUUAAUCUUCCCAAUGAUCGAUUCGGCAUGUUCUAAAAACACGAGCGGUUGUGGGGCACGAGCGGCACGACCGUUACUAAAUCACGAGCGGUUUCAUUUUCGCUCCUUCGCGAACGCUUCUAAAUCACGAGCGUUUUUUUGGCUUAUCGUUCUGUUCGAGCGUUUCUAAACCGCGAGCGUUUCAUUUAAAUCAUUUUCUUCAUUACCAUCCAAGUGUGUGUCAUAUUUCUACCUUCUUUUUUUCUCCUUGAAUAAAAAAAUUUUUGACGAUCUUAUAUGCACAUUUUUUUCGCUCAAUUUGUUGAUUGAUUCACAUUUGAGGUUCAUAUAAUGGAUUUUUUUCUAAGUUUUUUUGCGGUCUCUAUAAUUUCACAGAUUCUGCGUAUGGCAAAUCUAAUAAUUUCAUCUGAUUUUUCAUAUUCAAUAUUUCACAGAUUUUUGCGUAUGAUAAACUAAUAUUUCACAGAUGUCUCGCAUGAAAGUCAAUAUUUCUCAAAUUUUUGCGUAUAGCAAAUUUUUCUAAUACUUUCUCUCAAAAAUUUUUUUCUGGUAAUAGAAUGUCAUAUUCGAAUUGAUGCCAUUCAUAUUUUAUUCUCCUCUUACCCGCUAGAAUAGUUUUGGAGAUACUACCAAAAAAUUUAUUCGUUUCCAAGCUUUGAAAAUAUUUAUCAUGAAACGAGAAAAAAAAAAUACGAAAUUUACGAAGUAUCAAAAAUAAAUUAAUAACCGUAGCGAAUGAAUGAAAUAAAUGCCAUAAGCGUCUGGUGGUUCAUCGGUGAAUGACAGCCGUAUAACGAAACAGAUUGGAAAAAUGAAAAAUAUAGAAAAAAAGGAAAUCAAUGUAUAAAUCAGAGUUUAUAUUAAAGAAUUCAGUUCGAAUAAUCCUAGCAAAAAAACUGUUCAAGGAAAUAUGUACUUCAAAUUAUCGUAAAGCAUGCGUUUGGCUGACAUAUGGCUGAUCCGAAAAAGAAUUAAUCUCAUCGAGGUGAACACCGAUGAUGUUUUUGUUCUCUGAAAGAUAAUAAUAAUUUUCCGCAUCCGUUAAAUUUUUCUAUAAUUUUUCGAUUACCAUCAGUCGAUUUUUUUCUUUUAAUUCAGUUGUAGAUCGUGUGGAAUUCAUACUCGUGUCGCGGAUUUCCCCUUAAAGUGAUUUUUUUGAUACAUGUUAACAACUUGUAAUUAGUAACCCACCUUCUUCAAGACUCAGGUAUGAAAGUUCGACAAUGGAAUCUGAAACAUCCAAAUUAUAUGAGAAAAAACCUCAAGGUACCAUCCAUUGGCUCCAAAAAAUCAUCCGGAAAAUCUUCGGGCGGUGUGUAAUUGCUUUAAAAAACUAUCAGUGAGAAGGCAGGGAAGAAACUUACGACAUAGUGGGCUUCGGACGAUAACCAGAAAAAUGCAGCAAGCUCCCGUUGUUCCAGAAAAAUGCAGCAAGCGGCCUGUUACUAAAUUUUUAUAAUUUCGUAUUAUAAUUCCGCCCAAACAGCGCUUAUAAAAUGACUAUACUAGCUAGAUUUUUUGCAAGAAAACACAGAUGAGAAUCAGAGAAAAAAAGUUCAUAUUUUUUUAAUUUGUCAUAAGCAAAAAUCUGAGAAAUAUUGACUUUCAUGCGAGACAUCUGUGAAAUAUUAGUUUAUCAUACGCAAAAAUCUGUGAAAUAUUGAAUAUGAAAAUCAGAUGAAAUUAUUAGAUUUGCCAUACGCAGAAUCUGUGAAAUUAUAGAGACCGCAAAAAAACUUAGAAAAAAUCCAUUAUAUGAACCUCAAAUGUGAAUCAAUCAACAAAUUGAGCGAAAAAAAUGUGCAUAUAAGAUCGUCAAAAUUUUUUUAUUCAAGGAGAAAAAAAGAAGGUAGAAAUAUGACACACACUUGGAUGGUAAUGAAGAAAAUGAUUUAAAUGAAACGCUCGCGGUUUAGAAACGCUCGAACAGAACGAUAAGCCAAAAACGCUCGUGAUUUAGAAGCGUUCGCGAAGGAGCGAAAAUGAAACCGCUCGUGAUUUAGUAACGGUCGUGCCGCUCGUGCCCCACAACCGCUCGUGUUUUAGAACAUGCCGAUCGAUUCAGUUCAAAGGUUCAGCUAUCUAGAAUUUCUGAAACCUUGUUAUACUUGAAAAUUCUGUUUUUCUCUGCGCUCUUCUUGUCUCUCAGCGCCCCUCUCAUUUUGACGUGCUAUUUUUUUUUCUCUAACCUCGCCGGUGAGGGGACAGAGAGACGCAGACACACGAAAACUGUCAAGUCGCGCCGAAUGAAGUUUAGAAAAACUGAAUUUUCGUUGACUUUUCCUCAUUUUAGCUAUUCUCCCUACCAUAAUCUGAGCACGGCCGACUUGAAAAACUUCCCAAAUGUUCUGGUUCUGACAGCGGAUCACGACGAUCGGGCUGUUCCUUGUCAUUCUUUGAAAUAUCUUGCUGAGCUUUAUCAUCAGGUUAGUUAUCGUUAAAGAGGAAAAAAACAUUUUUUAUGUUGUAAUUAAAUUACAAUGUAUGACUCAGAUUCAAGAAGUUAGUAAUUAACUAAGUUCAGAAGUUGUUAGAAAUGACGUAUAUGGACAUAAUUUUCCUAUUCUUCGAUUCCUACUGUCAAAAAGUUAUGAUUUUCUACUUUUAGGUUUCGAAUUCGAACUGUAAACUUUAAAACGCCAGUGUGAUCACUAGAGGGACAGCCUUAGGGGCUCCUGUAGGUGACCCUUAAUAGAUCACCUUACUUUCCCUGUAAGGGGUACUAACGCUUGAAAACGUGGCCACUCUAGAGGAGCAGGCUAGUGGAUCCUAUACCUCAUUUUUACUAUCAAAUCUGAACAAACAAUUAAAAAAACUUCUACAGGGGCCACUUGAGAUUUAGGGGCUAAGAGGUCGAACCCUAGAGUCCUAGAGGGACCCCAAAAUUUUAACCUUCUGUGGAGCUCUAUUUUGUCCACCCCACUGUCCAACCCCUCUAGGGACCACCUUGACGUUCCCAACAAUGAUGUCUUUUUCGGCGACUGAAGAAAAUUUUUUUUUAAACGAAAUUUUCAGGCCGAAAAGCAAGGUGUGAAGGACAAACUGUUCACUGGCGUCAUUACAACUGGAGCUGGACAUGGAAUGGGAAAACCCACGAAUAUUGUGGUCCGUAAUGUUGGCUUUCGGUUUUUGAAAAUUAAAAGAAUUUCAGAAUAUUUUGAGGGAAAACAAUUUUUCAUUCUUUUUUCACAAAAUGAGAAAUUAUAAAAUUAUUAAUAAAUGAACAACAUUUAAAAAAAUUUAAUUUUUCGUCUUUCUGCACACUAUUUCUCCUAUUAUGCUAUCAUUGGUUAUUGCUCAAACCAUCUUAAAUUAACUAUAAAUUUGUUCUGUUUUUUUCUUCCUAAUUCUCAUUUUUUUCAGAUUCGCGAGUCGGCCGUCGUCCUGUCGUUCAUUGAAAAAGCGCUCGGCCUCAAAUGGAAGGAUUGA